AACUUUUCGAGAGAACGCUUUUUGCAUUGCCUCAGACAAAGACAAAGACAAAGGACCUACAUUCGACGGAAACUGCAGUUUGCCGUUGUGUUGGACUUCAUCUGCUGACAUAGAGAUGCCACGAAAGAAGGGUUUCCGUAUGCGACGCACACCCAGGGCUGCCCAAGCUGUUGAUUGUGCAGUUGCAACAAAAGGUAGGGACGAAGUAUCUUCACUGUCACCAGUGGAGGUACCAACAGGUGGGUUACAAAAGGUGGUCAAAGGGUCAUUUCAUCAAGGCAAUACAAGGUUUAAGUAUGCAGGAACACAGUGUAUGGCGAUUGCCUUUUGUGCCACUGCUUUACACAGUAUUAAAAAUGUCUUGUUGUGGGAUACUGCUGAUCUUGACAUGGCUGUUGUUGAAGGCGAUCAGUUGUAUACUACACUAAGGGAACGUCACGUAAUUCGUGACACAUCCCACUUUUUUCAGUCCAUGGUUCCACUUGUAAGCCCGUUCAAAUAUCUAAAAAGGAAAAGGGCCCUGGACAAAAAAUGUAAAUAUGUCGCUGACAUGAGCAUAAGGGAGACAAAGAAACUAAUGACUAUGAAGAAUUGCAGAGAACAAGCAGUCUUUAGGCAGAGAAAGAAGAUGAGUGUUGAAAAGUAUAGAAAUGAUGUCAUUCAUAAAAAUAGAGUUAAAACAUCUAGCAUCUAAAAGUAUAGAAAUGACAGCUUGCAUCGGGACAGGGUCAAGAUGCAGAGCAUCAAAAAAUAUAAAAUAGAUACAAGGCACCGGGCCAAUGUCAAACUAGCCAGUAUGAAGAAAUAUCACAGUAAUUUAGAACACAAAAUGCGUGUCAUUGCAGAUGUCAAGGCACGAAGGCAUGCUGCAAAGUUGCGAGAGGAAGAAUUUGAUGUUGUUGUUGAGAAUUUUUUAGAGAAAGUGAAGAAUGGGCCCCAGUUUGUCUGCUGUGUGUGCCAUAGGUUGAUGUUUAAACAUCAGGUCCUGCAGUGUCACAGAGAGCAUUACAGCAAAAGUGCAAGUGCUUCUCUUGUGAACACGUGCAUUAAUGAGGAUUAUUUGCACAAAUGUAGUGCAGAGUGCACGGUGCCUUGUUUGUUGUUGGAGUCUGGUAGAGGGCAGUUGUGGGUUUGCUACACUUGCCAUUACAAGAUUAGCAAAGGGGAACUCCCACCAGAAUGUGUGGCAAAUAAUUUGGGGGUGGACCCGAUUCCUCCUGAGCUGGCUUGCUUAAACAGCUUAGAGCAACACUUAAUUGCACUAAAUAUCCCCUUUAUGAAAAUGCUUGCAUUGCCUAAAGGGGGGCAAAAUGGUGUCCAUGGGCCUGUGACUUGUGUUCCGGCCAAUGUUGUAGAAACGACAAAUUUGUUGCCACGGUCCAAUAUGGAAGGCUCUAUGCUCCGUGUCAAGCUCAAAAGGAAGCUGACUUACAAAGGACACUACGAGUACCAUUUUGUUGACAGCAUGCACAUUCGUGAAGCCUUGAGGUAUUUAAAAGAGUCAAAUGUGCAUUAUGAAGAUAUAGAGUACAACGAGGAGUGGGUCAAUGACUUUUGUAGGGAACCUGAUGCCUCUCAGGUGGAGGACAGUGUUCCUGCAGUAGAUGUCACACCGCCUCUAGAUACAGAAGAUGAGCUUCUCCAUGAUAGACAGCAACACUGCAUGUUUCAGGACACAUGUUUAAUGCCAGUUGACAUUGGUCAGGAAGCGCUAGAUCAGUAUUACGACAAUAUAUUGAAUGUGGCUCCGGCAGAAGGCAAUAAUCCUGUGAGGUUGCUUUCUGACCAUUCGAAUGAAGCUAGAUGUUUCCCAGUGUUGUUUCCACAUGGUCGUUUCACGUUUCAUGACACUCGACAAUAUAGGCUGAAAGCGUCGCGAUAUUUCAAUAAUCGUAUCAUGCAUGCUGAUAAGCGGUUUGGGCAGAAUGUGGAAUACAUAUUCUAUGCUCAGUACUUGUGUGAACUUGUGCAGGUGGUGUCGAGCAUUUCCAUUGCUUUAUGCAAAGGAAUUGCUGGUUUGGUGGCAAAAAUGGCCAAGGAUUUGUUGACCAACGAUGAGUCGUUAAAGACAUUGUUGGAAUGUGACCAGGGCUAUCGUUUUCUGAAGCCCAUCAGAGGCACUCCAGCCUUUUGGCAGAGUACGCAGCGCGAUAUUUUGGCUUGUGUGCGUCAGCUUGGUGUUCCCACGUGGUUUUGCUCUUUUUCGUCUGCUGAUUUACGGUGGCAAAACAUGUUAGACUGUGUUUUGAGGCAAGAGGGUAGAACGCAAACGGCUGCAGAGUUGGAGUGGGCUGACAGCCACAGGAUGAAGGAUUGA